GGAAGAUGGAAAACCAAGCAAAGCAAGCUGCUGAGAAGAUGGCCAAGAAGGUCCCGACGAGCGGUGGCCCCGCGUCGGCCUUGGUCAAGGGCCUCGUGCUGACGGCCGGUCUCGGCUACGGUCUCUACCAGUCGGUCUUCACGGUCGCGCCCGGUUCGCGCGCGGUCAUGUACAACCGCUUCACCGGUGUCCAGGACGGCACGAAGGAAGAAGGCAUGCACGUCAUGAUCCCGUGGGUCGAGCGCCCGACGAUCUUCGACGUGCGCACGAAGGCCCACCAGGUGAGCUCGCUUACGGGCUCGCGCGAUUUGCAGAUGGUCAACGUCUCGCUCCGUGUCCUGACGCGCCCCAACACGGGCAAGCUCCCGGAGAUCUACCGCAACCUUGGCCUCAACUACUUGGAAGUCGUCUUGCCCUCGAUUGUCAACGAGACGGCCAAGCAGGUCAUGGCGCAGUUUAACGCUAGCCAGCUCAUCACGCAGCGUGAACACGUCUCGCGCAUGAUUGCGCGCAACUUGACGGAGCGCGCGAUGGAGUUCUUCAUCAACGUCGAAGAUGUGUCGGUGACGCACUUGAGCUUCGGUCGCGAGUACACGGCCGCCGUCGAAUCCAAGCAGGUCGCCCAGCAGGAGGCCGAGCGCGCCCGCUUCGUUGUCGACAAGGCCCUCCAGGAGAAGAAGUCGACGAUCAUCCGCGCCCAGGGUCAGGCCAAGGCUGCCGAGCUUGUCGGUGAGGCCAUCAAGAAGAACCCCGCUUUCACACAGUUGCGCCGCCUCGAUGCCGCCAAGGAGAUUGCCGCCGUCAUGAGCAAGUCGCAGAACCGCGUGUACCUCAACUCGGAGUCGCUCCUCCUCAACUUGUUGCACGAUUCGACGACGGGCUCGUUCACCAAGUAAACAACAUGCUCGUAGCGACCACCGCUUUUUGCAUUACGAUUUUGGACGUCGCUCGAAGUUCUGUACUUGUAAUGAAAGGAGUUCUGUAGAGAAA